AUGCGCCCGACCCUCGUCCGCCUCGUGACCCGGCCGAUCCCCGUGUCGGCCAUCCCCUCGCACGCCCUGCGCCUCCCGCCAACCCCGGCACCCCGACCCAACCUCGACAUCUUGUCGCCCACGCUCGACCGCCUCGUCAAAUCCCCCCUGCCGUCCAACCUCCGCGUUAACGACUACGUCCCCAAGCGCAAAGAGUUCCACGGCGUCGCUCGCACCCACCGCGACCUUCUCCGGAGGCUUCGCCGCGAGGCAUAGACGGCCCUACUGGCGCAUGUAUCCUACACGAGGGCCGAGACGAGCAGGCGCGGCGAGGGCGUUGUACCAUCAGGGCGGGAGCUCGACGAGGAGGACGACGGGCAACUCGCAUUCGCAUUCCCACAG